AACAAUAUAUCACACAUUUAUGUUUAGCAUAUGUUUAAUGACAAAAAAGAACAGAAAAUCUGAUUUAUUUUUUAUUUUUAUUUAUUUAUUUACAUUUGAUGACGUCGCCAGCAGUGACGUCAGGGAUGCGAUGGAGUAAAAAGAUGCUCUGGCCGAGUGGAGAGAGAGAGCGAGCACACACUUCAGUCAGACUCACAUCAGCAGCAUCACAAGAUGGGCAACGUUCAACCCACAAUAACUCCCUUUGAAGACUUUGAUGUGAUGGCAGACAUCAAGACAAUCCGUAAGGCCUGCAAAGGAAUGGGGACGGAUGAAGAGACCAUCAUUUCCAUUCUAGCAAACCGCUCUGCAUCACAGCGAAUGGAGAUUAAACAAGCCUACUUCGAAAAAUAUGACGAUGAGUUGACGGAAGUCUUGAAGAAUGAACUCACAGGAAACUUUGAGAAAGCAAUCAUAGCCAUGCUGGACCCGCCCAACAUCCUCAUGGCUAAAGAAUUGAGGAGAGCCAUGAAGGGUGCUGGGACAGAUGAGGACGUGCUGGUGGAGAUCCUCUGCACCUGCACCAAUCAGGAUAUUUUGAAUUGCAAAGAGGCAUAUGCGCAAGUGAAUGAGAGAGAUCUGGAGGCUGACAUUGAAGAUGACACUAGUGGAGAAGUGAGGAAUCUUCUGGUUUCUCUCCUAGAGGCCGGCAGGGAUGAGUCUUAUGAAGUGGAUGAAGCUUUGGCAGAACAGGAUGCAACAUCAUUGUUUGAGGCAGGUGAAGGACGUUUUGGAACAGAUGAGUCCACUUUCAGCUACAUCCUCGCUCACAGGAACUACCUACAGCUUCAGGCCACCUUUAAGAUAUAUGAAACUCUCUCUGGAACAGAUAUCCUGGAUGCUAUAGACAGUGAGGCUACAGGGACAUUAAAGGACUGUUACAUUACUCUGGUGCGAUGUGCCAAAAAUCCACAGCUAUAUUUCGCCCGUCGUCUGAACGCUGCGAUGAAAGGAGCUGGGACCGACGAGGACACGCUCAUACGUGUUAUUGUGGGACGCUCUGAGGUGGAUUUGGAGACCAUCAAGGACAUGUACUUGGAGAAAUAUGAUGUUACCCUAAAGGAUGCCCUGAGCUCAGAGUGUGGCGGUGACUUCAAGCGCCUCCUAAUAGAAAUAAUUCACUGAGUCACCAUCAGGUGGAGCCAGUAACUAAUAAUAAAAAAAGAAAGAAUGAUCAUAUAACACUGCCGGAAAAUACAUGCACAAUCACUUAGGAUCACCUCUUUGUGUCAAGGAUAUGCCUGAUUUUGUCAUUGGUGCAAUUUAGGAAUUGGAUAAAUUGAAAUAACAUGAUUAUUGCCAUAACACUUUCCUAAAACUAAAGCGCUGCUCAGUCUUAUAGUCUCUAUUGCAGUAAAUUCGACUUCUGCAUUAACUCAUUACACACGUGCCUUGAGAAAAAAGUCAUGAGUAACAGCUCAGUAUUUCAUCAUCCAUUUCUUUUUCAAAACAAAUUAUGGAGCACAAAGGGUGGUCCAUUUAAACCUCUGUCUUUUCACAAGGGAUCUUUGUAUCUAUAAACCAAAUGUGUAUGUCUUUAGUAUAUUGUACCAGUUACAUGCUAAUAUUAAAAGCAGCUCUCUUAAGUGCUAAGAUUGUCAGUAGCUACUUGAGUGUUUGACAAUGCUUUUUAACACUGGACAUUUCUCUUUUAUUGAACAGCAGUUGUUAUACAGUGGUGACUGUUAAUAUGUUAAAGCAGCAGUGUGAACCUAUUAUUAUUGCAAUGCUUCAGAAUAUAUUUGUUUUUAAAGAUAAUGUAACAAGGUUUGUGUGUAGAAGAAAGUGAUUAAUAAUAUCAGAGAUAUUACAGACAACUAGUACUGUAUAUAGUAAAAGAACAUUAAGUGCAUGGCAAGCCGUUUAAGCAUGAAAUACCCCUGCUUCUAGUAGUAAUUCCAGAUGCCUUUUAUGCAAUUUUGACUCGUUGUAAUUGGAAUUAAGAUAUCUACAACGUGAUUAUGACUAGUCAUAUUUUUUAUUAAAGACAUAUACAAUGUUAUUUUGACAGUCAUAAUAUACAUUCAAGACAUCUAUAGUGUCAUUUUGACAGUCAUAAUAUACAUUCAAGAUAUCUACAAUGCUAUUUGGACUAUAUUCUUCCAUUGGUAUGGAAAUGGCAUAUAAAACUACUCUUUGACUAUCCAUAAAUAUAUUUUGGAUAGUUAAAAUUUUAUUUCUAAUUUGACCAGUCAGAAAUGAUAAUUAGAGACAUCUGCAAUUAUAAUUGCACUAGUAGCAAGAAAUCUGAUUCGAGAUAUCUCUAAAAUACUUCGAGUAGUCAAAAAGAUAUCUGUAAUGACAUCAUAUAUCUUCAAUUGACGCAUCACACUUACGCAAAGGUAAUUAAAGAUUUCUCCAAUUCAGUUUCGACAGUAUUAUACUUUAAGAUGUCUGAAUUCUGCUCCUAGUCAAAUCUGCUGUUGUGUGUGAUGUGAGACUUCCUCCCUCUCACCAGAGUCACCCCCUGCCUGCCAAAUGCUUAGUGCUAACAACAGUAGCCUGCUUUUGUUGUCACGGAAAGAAAAGCUAGGCUACUUGAUGAAUUACUUCAGGGAUUAUUAAGUAAUAUCUGGAUGCAUUCAUAAUAUGAAUGGUAAAAGGUCUCCAGCAUGCAUACGUAGCGCUGUGAUUUUAAUGGAAUCAGGUUGCAAAAUGGACCAACUAAAGUGCAAUGUUCAAUAAAGACAGAGAACCGUAAA